GAUAAUGAGGAGCCGAACGAUCCAGACCACACCCAGGACCCGGCAGAGACGCACCUCAAUGUGGUGCAACCAAUCAUCACUGUCAUUCGUGCGACUGAUCUCACUCUUGGCUUCCGACGGAUCCCCGCUGGCUUCCAUGCAGUGAUCAAGGCCGACGACGUUGAAUACGAGACAAGCAAUAGAUCUGUAAACGUAGACCAAGCUGUCGUCGAAUGGCACGAGCACAUUCCUCUGCCGCGCGAGCCAUCUUCCAAAGUCCGGAUCAGCGUGUAUGCCUCAUUCGAAUUGGGUCCGAUGCUUUGUCACGGAGAGCUCCUCCGCACAUUCGAGAUCUCGGUGGGAGAAUUACUGGAUCGCAGCGAAAAAUCGCAUCCCAUAAUAUUUCAGCCAAAGCAUCAGGAAGUCGUAUCCGCUUGUACUUCACUUUCCUUCACAGUGGAGCAGCAACUUUCUGAUCAAAACGAUGUCGCAAUUCUUUGCCCCCUUACUAUUCCUACGUCCCGCGGAUCGGAUGCAUUAGCGCUGAGGACGGAUGCCGGACAUCGUCUUCUCGCACGAUACCGUAGAACGCAGAACGGCAGGGAUCUCGAGCAAUCCAUAAACCACUUCGAACACGCCUCAGAUCUCUGCUCCGUAGAUCAUCCCUGCCGCCCUGCAGUGCUGUUCAAUCUCGCCAUCGCAAAGUUUGUUAGUUGCCAAGCCGAGGGAAGAUACCUCGACCUCGACGUCCCUGUCUCCCUGUUUGAAAGCGCCCUCGACUUGCGUCCCACCUGUCAUCCGGACCGAACGGUCACGCAGCUGCAUCUUGCGGUUGCUCUGCUCUGGCGCUUCGCAAAACGGGGAUUUCAAACGGAUGCUGAUGCAGCCAAAGAGUUGCUGAGCGAAGUCAUCAAUGUCUGCCACGCCAACACCCACAUUCACAGAGCGGCUGCGAUUGCAAUGGAAACAUGCGCUCUACAUUCUGCUGGAGGCAUUAAUGCAAAUGAUGUCGGGCAGGAGUGGCACGCCCCAUCCAUGCUUCCGUUAUCGCCGAAUCAACUUGCUGAUCAAGCACAGCGGUGUUUGGAGAGAGAUGAACCUCGUGCCUUAGACGAAGUGAUAUCCCUUCAUUAUCAUGCCCUGGGAUACUACAACGCCGGGCAUGCUUGGCGAGGGCAAUUGCUAGGCAAUCUAGCUGUAAUGCUACAGACUCGCUUCGAGCGUCGAGGCAAUGACAAAGACUUGGAUCAAGCGAUCGCACUUCAGAUGGAAUCGUUGGCUUUGUGCCCGGUCGGUCACACAAAUCGGUCUGCGUCAUUAAUGAACCUCGCGAAUCAUCUCUCCUCCCGCUUUGACCACCGAGGCAACAGCGAAGACUUGGAUGAUGCUAUCGCACUUCACAGGGAAGCGCUGACUUUGUGCCCGGUCGGUAACAAAGAUCGGUCUGCGUCAUUAAACAACCUUGCGAUUCUCCUCUCCUCCCGCUUUGACCACCGAGGCAACAGCGAAGACUUGGAUGAGGCCAUCGCACUUCACAGCGAAGCGCUAGCUUUGUUCCCGGUCGGUCACACAAAUCGGUCUGCAUCAUUAAACAACCUCGCAAAUUGUUUCUCCUCCCGCUUUGACCACCGAGGCAACGGCGAAGACUUGGAUCAGGCUAUCGUACUGAACAGGGAAGUACUGGCUUUGUUCCCGGUCGGUCACACAGGUCGGCCCAAGUCAUUAAACAACCUCGCGAUUCAACUCUCCUCUCGCUUUGACCGCCAAGGCAACGGCGAAGACUUAGAUGAGGCUAUCGCACUGAACAGGGAAGCGCUGGCUUUGCGCCCGGUCGGUCACACAGGUCGGUCCAAGUCAUUAAACAACCUCGCGUGUCAACUCUCCUCCCGUUUUGACCACCGAGGCAACAGCGAAGAUUUAGAUCAGGCUAUCGCACUUCAUAGGGAAGCGCUGGCUUUGUCCCCGGUCGGUCACACAGAUCGGCCUGCGUCAUUAAACAACCUCGCGAGUCUACUCUCCUCCCGCUUUCAUCACCGAGGCAACGGCGAAGACUUGGAUGAGGCUAUCGCACUGAGCAGGGAAGCGCUGGCUUUGUUCCCGGUCGGUCACACAGAUCGGUCUGCAUCAUUAAACAACCUCGCUCUCCAACUCUCCUCCCGCUUUGACCACCGAGGCAACGGCGGAGACUUGGAUGAGGCUAUCGCACUGAGCAGGGAAGCGCUGGCUUUGUGCCCGGUGGGUCACACAAAGCGGUCUGGGUCAUUAAACAACCUCGCGAAUAUACUCUCCUCCCGCUUUGACCACCGAGGCAAUGGCGAAGACUUGGAGGAGUCACGAGAGAAACUACUCUGUGCAUUGACGUUGUUGACGCAGCAUGAUCCUUUUCAAUCGAUGGUUCAUCAAUCUAUAGCCAAUGUCCAUUUAUCGUUCCAUCGCUCAGAGCUUGACGGCGCUGGCGCUGGCGGAAAUACAGAUAGUCUGAAUGCUGCCAUGCAUCAUUUUGAGGCGGCAUCAAAUAUUGUCUCUGCAGGCUUUCUCUCCCGGCUGCGGGCAAGUCUAAGUUGGGUGCGCCAUGCUCAUGAACAUUCGCAUGGCACUCAACUAGAGGCUUGUGCGACUUCUAUGCGACUUCUGGACGCUUACAUGUCUGUCACGGCCUCCGUAUCAUCUCGUCACAAUGUCUUGAAGAAAUUCCCAAGUGCAUUUGCUGUGGAUGCUGCAUCGUGUGCUCUUCGUAGUGGUGACGUGGGUCGCGCUGUUGAGUUGUUGGAGCAAGGCAGAACCAUCAUCUGGACCCAGAUGGCUCGACUCCGCACACCUCUUGACGGGCUCCAGGCUUGCGGCGAUCAUGCAGUGGCUCCAAUGAAGAAAUUCACAGACCUCAGCUCCCUCCUCGAUAAACCUCCCCCUAGCCAUCCAGAAGGGACUCAAAGAGUUUAUGUGGAAGCAGAAGCUGCCCGGUACAGACGUCUAGUGGAGGACUGGAAUGGAACCGUAGAGGAGAUCAGGAAGAUCGAGGGCUUCUCUCGUUUCCUGCUUCCCCCUUUGUUCUCCGAUCUUCAACAUGCAGCUCGUGAUGGGCCCAUCAUCAUGCUUAUUGCAAGCAGAUCGUCUUGCGAUGCCAUUAUUAUCCCGCACAAGCAACCUCCCACCAGCAUUCCGCUCCCUACUGAUAUCCAGAAACUCGCCAAAUUGGUACGCACAUUUCCAGAGGCAGUUGACAAAGAGACCGGGCACCAACAAGCGCUGAAAGAAGCUUUGAACGACUUGUGGAACAAUGUCGUCGGCCCAGUGGUCGAGAAGUUGGGCGGAUUGGUACGACUAGGUUCCCGAAUAUGGUGGUGCCCGACAUUCCUCUUCAAUUUCUUGCCGUUGCAUGCUGCUCGUGAGCACAGAAAUGGGGGAAAGUCUCUUUCGCAGCUGUAUAUCUCUUCAUACACCCCAUCUCUCACCGCGCUGAUCAAGGCUCGCGCAACUCGUCACAGACCCACGUCGGUGCCCUUCGUCGCCAUUGGUCAGAAUUGCCCAGCCGGUGCCUCUUUCACUUUGGAUGCUGUGGAGCCUGAGUUGGAAUUGGUGCGGAAACUUUUGCCUCCUCCCCCAACUGUCUCCUUCUCCAAGAUAACCAGCAUUGAUGCCACGAAAUCGAGAGCAUUGUGCGCAUUGCGAGAAAACACUUGGUUCCAUCUCGCAUGUCAUGGGAUGCAGAGAUUUGACGAACCCUUCGAGUCGGCCUUUCUUAUGCGCGACCAGCCUCUUUCGCUCCUUGAUAUUGCACGGAUGGAUCUGUCUCAGCAUCAUUUCGCCUUUCUUUCUGCCUGUGAAACCGCGGUCGGUGACUUCAGUACGCCUGACGAAGUGAUACACCUAGCGGCUGGCCUGCAAUUUGCUGGGGUUAGGAGUGUCGUCGGGACGCUGUGGAAGGUCAACGAUGAUACUGUGCAGCGUUUAGUCGAGGCAUUCUACGAAAGGUUUUGCGAGGGUGGCACAAUGAAUCCCAAACGAGCUGCCCAAGCCCUGCACCGAGCGGUCCAGUCGUUGGCUAAUGACGUAGACAUACCCUUGGCCCAGCGCAUAGUGUUCGUGCAUAUUGGCAUAUGAUCAAUUCUCAUGACCACUGUUUCCAAGGACUUCGAUAUUCUGGA